AUGGGUCUCAUGUUGAAGAAGCCCGAGGGCUCUGCUGGUUCAGCAUGGCCCUCCAUUCUGGUUGGGUUGUUCGUUGCUUUCGGUGGCGUACUUUUCGGUUAUGAUACCGGUACCAUCGGCGGAAUUAUAGGCAUGAAAUAUUGGCGCAACCAGUUCUCUACCGGCUAUAUCAACAAGACUGAUGGCGGCCUCGACGUUACGUCAGCUCAGACAUCCGAAAUCGUUUCCAUCUUGUCCGCUGGCACAUUCUUUGGAGCUUUGACUGCUGCCCCCGUAGCUGAUGCCCUCGGUCGACGGCUCGGCCUCGUCGUUUGCUGUAUCGUCUUUUGCGUCGGAGUCAUCCUGCAAACUGCAGCGACGGCCAUCCCCAUGUUUGUAGCCGGGCGUUUCUUCGCGGGCUACGGUGUGGGUAUGAUAUCUGCUACAAUCCCGCUUUACCAGUCAGAGACCAGCCCGAAGUGGAUUCGUGGUGCAAUCGUCGGCUGUUACCAGCUUGCAAUCACCAUCGGUCUUCUGCUUGCCGCCAUUGUCGACAACGCGACCAAGAACCGCAACGACAGCGGAUCUUACCGCAUUCCCAUCGCCGUCCAGUUCGCAUGGGCUAUCGUUAUCUUCGUGGGCUGCAUCUUCCUACCCGAAACUCCACGCUGGUACGUCAAGAAGGGACAGCCUGAAAAGGCAGCCCGCUCCCUUUCCAAGCUGAGGAGACUCGAUGUUGAGCACCCUGCUCUGUUGGAGGAAUUGGCUGAAAUCACCGCCAACCACGAAUACGAGCUCUCCCUGGGCAAGUCCACCUACAUUGAUUGUUUCAAGGGCAAUCUCGGAUUCCGCCUGCUCACCGGUUGCUUGCUCCAGUCGCUUCAGCAGCUUACUGGUGUCAACUUCAUCUUCUACUAUGGCACAAAGUUUUUCCAGAAUGCGGGCUUCACCAAUCCUUUCGUCAUCUCCAUGAUUACCUCCGCCAUCAACGUCGGUUCCACAUUCCCUGGACUUUACAUGGUCGAGAAAUGGGGUCGCCGCAACCUCCUCCUCUUUGGCGCCAUCGGUAUGGCCGUCUGCCAAUUCAUCGUCGCCAUCACGGGUACUGUUGUCGGAACCAGCAACUCAGCUGCACAGAACGCCAUGAUCGCCUUCGUCUGCAUCUACAUCUUCUUCUUCGCUUGUUCUUGGGGCCCUGUAGCCUGGGUCGUCACCGGCGAGAUUUUCCCGCUCAAGGUGCGCGCCAAGUCGCUCUCCAUGACCACCGCAUCCAACUGGCUGCUCAACUGGGCCAUCGGCUACGCAACUCCUUACAUGGUGGACUCCGGGCCAGGCAACGCCGACCUCGGCGCAAAGGUCUUCUUCAUCUGGGGCGGCUGCUGCUUCAUCUGCAUCUUCUUCGUCUGGGGCAUGAUCUACGAGACGAAGGGCCUCGCCCUCGAGCAGGUCGACGAGCUCUACGCUAAGGUCCCGCACGCGUGGCAGUCAAAGGGCUUCGUGCCGUCUGUGUCCUUCCAGGACGUCCAGCAGGCGCGCGCGGACAACAGGCACUUCUCGCUCGCGGAGAUCGAGCAGGAGGCUACCCGCAAGAAGAGCGUGCAAUACACCGAGGGCGACGGCAACUUCCCCGAGAAGACUCUCCAGUAG